CGCGAUGCCCGUUCUCAACCUUUCGUAUCACACGGGCGCUUUUAGAAGAGCAGACAUGACGCCUGUGGUUCCUCCAAUCAGCUCUGUGGCAUCUGGCUUAGCCUGUCGGAUGCCCCAAAAGCGAUGUACGGCCACAAUCACGGAGUUUAUAGUGGGGUACAGUGUCUGCUCCACAAGAAUGUGAUGCUACAUAAAGGCAGCGGCCGGCGACGGGCUUCUGGGUGAACCGAACGAUUGCUUCCCACCUGUAUCCAUUUGUUUUUCCGCCUACUAUCCGACGGCUCCAUUGUAUCGUUGCGUUAGUUAAGACACUUUGUUUCCACUCACCAUGUCUAGCACGACAACGGAGAUCAGAGUCACCAAGCCCAACAUCGGAGUUUAUACCAAUCCAGCGCACGAUCUAUGGAUCGGCCCCGCAGAGCCUACGGUUGAGAGCCUGGCCAGCAGUGAGUCCCUCAAGGAAGGCUAUGUCACUAUCGCUAUAAAGAGCACCGGCAUCUGCGGGUCCGACGUGCAUUUUUGGCACGCGGGUUGCAUAGGGCCAACGAUGGUUGUCCGCGACAACCAUAUACUUGGUCACGAAUCGGCCGGACAGGUCAUCGCAGUCCAUCCGUCGGUGACGUCUCUCAAAGUCGGCGACCGCGUUGCUAUCGAGCCCAAUAUUCCCUGCUUCGCAUGUGAACCUUGCCUCACCGGGCGCUACAACGGCUGCCCCAACGUGCAGUUCCUGUCGACGCCACCAGUUAACGGCUUGUUGAGGCGAUAUGUAAAUCACCCGGCCGUGUGGUGUCACAAGCUUCCAGAUAAUUUGACGUAUGAAGAUGGUGCCAUGCUUGAGCCUUUGAGCGUGGCCUUGGCUGGUAUCAAGAGGGCGGAUGUUAGGCUCGGCGAUGCAGUGUUGGUCUGUGGGGCGGGUCCAAUCGGUCUGGUCACUGCUAUGUGCUGCAGGGCGGCAGCAUGUGAACCCCUUGUCAUCACAGAUAUUGACGAGGGUAGGUUGAAGUUCGCGAAGGAGGUCAUUCCUGGCGUCAAGACGCUGCAGGUCAGGAUUGGCGAGUCAUCAGAGGACUUCGCCAAACGAGUCGCGGAUCUAAUGGAAGGAGACGAACCGUCCAUUGCCAUGGAAUGUACAGGCGUGGAAUCGUCCAUCGCAGGGGCCAUAGCAUCUGUGAAGUUUGGUGGCAAGGUGUUCGUGAUCGGUGUUGGCAAGAACGAAAUUAAGAUGCCAUUCAUGCUGUGUAGCGUGAAGGAGGUAGAUUUGCAGUUUCAGUACAGGUACUCGAAUACAUGGCCAAGAGCGAUCAGACUGAUGAAGAGCGGGCUGGUCGACUUGAAGAAGCUCGUCACGCAUCGAUUCACUUUAGACCAGUCUGUGGAGGCGUUCAAGACGGCCGCCGAUCCGAAGACUGGGGCAAUCAAGGUGCAGAUUCAAAGCAUGGACUGAGAACCAGCGGCACGGUCUGGAUGGAUACAUUGCACAAGUGUAGUUACAUCUUAUUUACCCACAUAUUGAAGCGUCAAAUGACACAUGUUGAAUGGCCAGGACGAGCACACAGAUUCGGUUGAGACCAUCCACGUCUGGGGAGACGAUAUUGAAUGAAUAAGGCCAUCG